GAAAUGAUCGACAUAAACAUUGACCAAUCAUACAAAUGUCUGCCAUGCUGUGUACGGCAACAAUUAUCCAUUGGAAAUGGCAUAUCUAAGGAAAAUAAGGCGCCUCCCCCAUUAGAAAAACGGGCCAUUUUUCGCAUUUUAUCUGUGUAUCAACAAAAACUUCAAUGGAGACUUGCACAUGAGAAAAUUCGCUUUUGGGUCUCUCAAAAUGGUAGUGCUUUUGUUACGUAUCUAGAGAUCAGCAGGUAA